AUGAUCUCGCCAAUCGUCAGUGCCACUGUCCAGGCGACCGUCAUCGCUGCAGUCUCCAAUGCCAUUGCGCAGCUGCUUGAACAGCGCAACAAACAGCAGACACCCUCGGAAUUCUCGGUACCAGACUUCCUGCGUUUCAUCAUCUUCACCCUACUCACCGCACCACCCAACUAUCUCUGGCAACAUGCUCUCGAACGCGCCUUUCCAGGCCGCAGACCGCUGGACCGCAAGAAAGCAAUACUGCCACACUACGAGGUCCGUGAGCAUGACGGUCUGCUGGGUGAAGACGGGAUGCAGCAAGAAGAAGAACCAGAGACGAGAUUGGACUGGAAAAACACAAUGAUCAAAUGGUUCGUAGACUGCAUGACGCUGGGAGCAUUGCUCAACGUAGGUGCCUUCAUCAUUCUCAUGGGCAUCAUGAAAGGAAGAUCAAUGCAUAAGAUUGCAUCUGCAUUGCGAACGNGUAUGUUUACUUGUCCCUUUUGCCUGCUGUGCAUCAACUGCAUGGCCAUGUCCACUGUUCUGCUGGGACCUGACUACAAUCACUUUUCUCCGCAGGAACUAUUCCCCAUCAUCUAUGCUAGCUAUAAGAUUUGGCCACUGGCAUCGGUCGUCAACUUUGCUCUGGUUCCAGUUGAGAGACGCAUCGUCUUCCUAAGUUUGGUUGGGCUUGUCUGGGGUAUCUUUCUCAGCUUGACGGCUGCGAAACAGUGA